AUGGCUCAACAUGUCCCUCUCGCUCAAAUAACAUUACCUUUGUUUGUUGGAACCAUUAUGAACUGGCUUCUAUUUGGGGUGCUUCUUGUUCAAAUAUAUAUAUACUACGUUGCGUUCCCUAAAGACCCGCGGUGGGCCAAACUCGGCGUAGCGGCCAUUAUCUUGCUCGAACUACUCGAGACCAUCACUGAUUCUCGCGAAAUGGUCAACACAUUCGGCCUGCGAUGGGGGGACAUGGAGGAGUUGGAUAUAGUUGGUAUGGCGUGGUUUGGGGUUCCGAUAAUAGGGCCUUUGAUAGCAUCCAUUGGGCAAGGAGUGUUUGCCUGGAGGAUAUACCUCAUCAGCCAGAGCAUCUACCUCCCGGUCCUAAUUUCUCUGACCUCGGCGGUGCAGCUGGCAGCUGGAUUCUGGACUGGAAUCAACAUCUCCAAGGCUGGCCGAUUCUCUCUACUCCAAGACAGAAACGUCAUCCCCACUUCUCUUUGGCUCGCCUCCACCUCCCUAUGCGACCUCCUCAUUAUGUUCGGGAUGGUCUACUAUCUCAUCAGAACGCGAGAGCGCGAGUUCAGCCGAAUCAGCUCUGCCAUCUCCCGCAUCCUAUUCCUUACAGUCGAGACGGGCGCCAUAUGCACGGCAGUGGUGCUCGCUGACCUGUACCUCUUCCUUGCAUUCAAGGGCACUAACCUGCAUCUUGCGCUCUGCAUCGAGUUAUCCAAGAUCUACUCGAAUAGUAUUCUUCUUAUAUUCAACUCACGCGCACGAAUAACGCAUAGAGACGCCCAAGACGCGCAUAUCUCACUCCACAUUCCGGAAUUAAAGACGCUUUCGCUACCCGGCCACCCAACCGAAAUGCCACGUGCCGACUCGAGCACAUCCAGCACUAUAACUCAAUCCAGUGAAGACGCGGUGGCCCACGAGAAAAAAGAAUAUAGCACCGAUCUGGCAGCGGUCGUGUAG